AUGUUAGUUGAACAGUUACCAUUAUCGUUUCACGAAAUAGCAAAGCAAACAAGUGAAGACGCUGUUUUAAAAAUAGUUUGUGAGCAGGUUAAGUCUGGUUGGGUUGGCCAUAAAAAUUAUAAAAACGAGUCGGAACCAUAUUUUCGUAGGAGGUCCGAGUUGUCAAUUGAAAAGGGAUGUUUAAUUAUAGGAAAUAGAGUUGUAGUUCCAAAUAUAUUAAGACAGCAAGUGUUAAAUAUUUUACAUAAAAAUCACCCAGGUGUAGUACGGUCAAAAAUGUUAGCUCGAUCUUAUGUAUGGUGGCCAAAUAUAGAUAGUUGUAUUGAAAAGUAUAUAAAAUGCUGUUCACAAUGCCAGUUAAAUCAAAACGAUAAAAGUAAAAAUGAUAAAAUUUUUGUCCCCUGGCCGAAGUCAGAAAAACCAUGGCAGCGUAUUCAUAUUGAUUUUUUGGACGUAAAUAAAAUUAAGUUAUUAAUUCUGGUAGAUAGUGGAAGUAAAUGGAUUGAAUGUUGGGCGUUAAAUAGUACAACCGCAGCAAUGGUAAUCAGAGUUUUAAGCCGUUGUUUUUGUACUUUUGGAUCGCCUGAAAUACUUGUGUGCGAUAACGGGCCGCCGUUUGGUUCAAAAGAAUUAAAAACAUAUUGCAUUAAUAAUAGUAUAAAGUUAUUACAUUCUCCACCGUAUAAUCCGGAGUCAAACGGUUUGGCGGAGAGAGGGGUACAAACUAUUAAGAAGAUAUUAAUUAAGUCACUGUGUAAUGAGAGAGAGGUAACGAGAAUGCAAACGAAAAUAGACGAUGCAUUAUUGUCUUAUCGAAAUACACCGUCAGCUGAUACAGGUUGUUGUCCAGCAGAAAUUAUGUUAAAUUUUAAGCCGAAAACACAAUUAACAGUAUUAAAACCAAAAAUAGGAGGGAACAUUAUUUUAGAGCACUCAAUGGGAAAAUCGGAAAAUUUUGAAAUUAAUGAAAAUGUGUUAGUAAAAAACCCACAAGCAAAAGGUCAAAAUUGGUUACCAGGUAAAAUUAUGAAAGUACUGAGUGGAUGUAGGUAUUUAGUGAUGAUGAAUGGUAGCGUGAAAAUGGUGCAUAUAAAUAAAUUAAAACCUAGUAUGUUAAGCGAAAGAAUACAUCAGAGUAAUUAA